UAACUCCCCUGCCAUUCGUACAUCAGUUGCGGUGCCGAUCGCACGGCUCAUUUGCCGACACGAUCUUGUGACUUGCAUUUUGAAUAUAAUUUUUUUUUUUCUAAAAACCGACAAGUGCAAAGCUGGUGCAGCAUUAGAGCCGCGUUUCUGGCUAACUAGCUGAACUGAACUGUAAUGUGUUUUUUUGUUUGAGCUUUGCGCGAUCGCAUUGUAGAGUUGUCGGUGGCGUCGAAUCGGCGAUCGCAUUGCAAAGUACAACGUGCGCAAAAAAAAAAACUAAAGUUCGAAAAAAAAAUUAAAUAAAAGUAAAAAAAAAACACUUAAAAUAAAGUUUUCUAUUACAAAGCAAAAAAAAGAACAUUAAUUUGAGCCAGACAAAGGAGGCGUAUCCGCACAUAUUGCACAGGCGAGUGUGUUGUAAUCUGCAACGCCGUCUUUGGCAGGCUAACUGAAACCGAAACUGAGACGCCGUGCAACUUUCGGCAGCUGCUGAGUAGACAGUUUUAAAUUAUUUAAAAUUUUUAUUCGUUUUUUUGUUUUUUUUUUUUGCUAAAAGUUAAUAAAUAAAACUAAAUGCGUAGUGCAAAUAAAAAUGUAAGAAAAGAACAUAAACUUAUUGGACUGCGAAAUGCGCUGAAUGUGAAGAUCACCUGAAGUGGCCGUCGUUACGUGCAUUCCUACGCCGGUCGGCCGACAUUCAUUGUCAUUGGAGUUCAACGCUCAAAAACGUGGCAGUAUAAAAGCCUACAAAAGACCCGAAUGCAUCCGAUCCACUCGAAGACAGCUGGUGCUGGGAGCCAGAUAAUGCCAAAUCAGAUAACGACCAUUCCUCCGAGUCGUCGAGCAGCGGUAAUGGCCACGAAAUGGUCAACAUCACAUUGGAGGAGGUACCACUGGGUCGUAGUGCCCAAACUUCCAACAGAAAGCGCGCUGCUAGCGAACAGAUCGCUGCGCUCCGAAAGCGUAAUAAAAAGUUGGAAGAUGAGAAUAAACAGUUGAGUUUGUCACUCGAAGAGUUGGAUAAUCAACACAAUCAGGCUAUGCAGAAUGUGCUCGAGCUGAAAACUGAGCUGCAGGCGAAGCUAAACACCGUCACCCACAGCUAUGAGGCACUGAAAAAAGAGCAUGCCGAUAAGUUCAUCAGCAGCGAAUUGGAAAUGGCGCGUCUGCAGAAGCAGCUGGACGAUUUGGUGCAAGUGCAAGGUGCUUUUGAGUCCGAAAAGCAGCAGUUACAGACGCAGGUGAGCAACUAUGAGGCGGAGGUGAAGAAGUCCAUUGAGGAUAUGGCUGAUUUGCAAACACUACUCGAUAAGAAGACACAAGAUAAUGUUGAGCUUAUUGAGAAGGUUAAAUCUGCCGGCCGUUUGGCGGAUGAAUCUGAAGAAAAAAUCGCUGAUUUGCAGCAGCGUAUCGAACAACUUACGAAGGAGCUUGAAGAGGCCAAGCAAAUGAAGGAGAAGAAAACCUCAGAGUCUUCAACCAGUUCAACAGGCAAACAAAGCGAAGACGAAUUCAUAGUUGUACGUGAUGGUGACGGUAACUCCUCCGGACCCGCCACGCCGCCGACAAAAGAAGAGCUCAAAGAUAAAAUUGUGCAAUUAGAGAAUCGAGUUUCGGAGUUGACUUUAGAGAAUGGCAGUUUAGCGUUGAAACUGCAAGACUGUGAGAUGGAGAAAGAGCUCUCGGCGAAUGUGUUGCGUGAGAACUUGCAAGAACUACAAACACGCUGUGCGGACACUGAGGCAGCACUGAAAGUUGCCACGGAACAAUUGGAUGAUCAGCAGGAAAAACUAGACACCCUGAAAGAAAAAGCGGCUGAGACCGUCAUCGCCCAGCAACAGUUGAAAGCACUGGCAGAGGAGAAGGAAAAGAUUGAAGCGGAAAUUGUAAGUAUGAAGGAGAACAUGCAAAGCGCUUUAGAGCUGGAAAAACGUUUGCUCUUAUCCGAGAGUGAGAAGGAAAAUCUGCAGAUAGAGUUGCAGAGUUUGCGUGCGACACAGGAACGCAUAACAGAGCUGGAGGGCAAAGUGCAAAAUCUCAUUGUAGAGAAUCAGCAGUUGCGACUGAACGCAGAAUCAGAGACAGAGCUCGCGGAGCGCAUCAAGUCCUUGAACGAGGAAAACGAAAGCUUGCGCGCCGAAUUAGAAUCAAUAGCGCAGGCGAAAUUCAGGGAGGCUAUUGAAGAAGAGAAGCAAGAGAUCACGGAUUUGGAUGCGGACGAUGAUGAGCCACUGACCGUCGAUAAAAUACGUGAGUUGCUCAGCGCACACAUAAAGUCGAAACUCACCAGCGAAAUGGAGGAGGCCUGUCGUGCUGUGCAAGAGCGUGUCACGCGUACCGUCAAUGCAAUGGAGCGCACCAUAUCGCGUUUAUCUGAAGAAGUACUCGAUUUGCAGGAUAACAAAAUGGUUUGGGAUCACGAAAAGAAAACGCUCGAGGCAGACAUUUCACAGUAUAUACUACAGUGUGACGAACUGAUGAAAAACAACGAGAUACUGCUGAACGAACUCGAAAACUAUAAGCGCAACAAGCUAGAAACCAUACACGAACACAACGAGGAAAGUGUCAUGCAGUUGGAAGCACAGUUAGAGGAGUCGAGCAAGUUGAAUCAGUCGCUGGAGCAGGAAUACGAUGAGCUGAAUAAAAAGAACGAUGAGCUCGAAAGCGAAAAACAGUUGCUGAACGAGCAGCUACGAGAGGCACAACAUAAAUGCGAUGAACUGUGCGCUGCCGAGAAGGAACUGAAAUUGCAACUCGAGACUUUGGAAUUGGAAAAGGGAAAUCUUUUGUUUGAGCUCAACGAACACGAGUCCAAGGAGUCCAAGCAAGCUGACGGUGAUGUGCUACUCCAGAGCGCUGAAGACAAAUGCCAAAGCCUUGAGAGCCAGUUAGCGCGCUUGAGUAAAGACCACGCUGAUUUGGUAGCAGCCAUGCAGACGCAGAAAACCGCUUUGCAGGAGGCAAUAUUGAAACGCGAGGAGGCAGACAAAAAAUUACUAGAAAAAGAAAUGUUGAUUAAACGCAUGGCUGAAGAUCUGAAAGAAGAACGGAAUGUGGAUAUGCAAAAGAAACUCGAUGAACUUGCCACGCUCACUGAGCAAUUAAAACAGGAACUACUGGCGAAAGAUAUAGUAUUGGAGAGCCAGAAAAAAGAUCUGAUUCAAGCGCAAAGUGACGCAGAAAAGCUAAGAUACAGCGAAGGCAAGACAAAUGAUCUUGAAAUAUUGUUGGUAGAAAAGGAAAACGCAUUGAUGGAUUUGAGCAAACAACUGACUGAGUGUCAAAGUGCAAAGGGCGAGCUGAAUAAACAGCUCCAAGAACAAAGAGCGACUAACGAGCAAGUAACGCAAUUGAAGCAGGAGAAAGAAGUGCUGCAUCGUGAACUUGAGGAGCUCAAGACGAAAUGCGAGGCACACACUGUCGAGCUGAAAGCGCUGCAAGAAUCAUCAGUCACAUCCACGAGCAACGAUGCGUCCGCCAUAACACGCAUUGCCCAACUAGAAGCUGAGCUGCUCGCAACAGCUGACCUACCGAAGAUCGUCGAGACAUUGAAUUACGAAAAGAAUGAAAUGAUCAAGGCUUUGCAGCAGAAACAUGCUGAGAACAUGCAAUACUACACAGAAAUUCAGCGUCUCCAGCCAAUGGUGCAACAACUACAACAACAGCUGCAACAAAGCACACAAGCCACAAAUACUUGCGAUAAAUGUCCGAUGUACGAAAGUACUUUGACAGAUCUACGAAAGGAGUUGGAGAAGCAACAUGAUCAAAUUAAAUUCCUCAAAGAGAAGUCCGACAUACUCACGACAAAUUUGCUAACGGAACAGACCAACCAAAGGCUGGUGAAAGAGGAGAAGGCUGAGGUGGAGGAACAGAAUGCCGCUAUACGGAAGGAUUUGGAGCGUUUGCGUGAGCAUUUGCUGGAAAUUGAGGAUAUGCACACACAGGAGACAGUCGAAAUGCAACGCGAGCUGGAUGAGACCAAAGCGAAGAUGGCGGCGCUGCAGGAUGAUGUUUCCAAGUCGAAAAAUGCGCACACAUCGGCGAGUAUACGCGCCAAUCAACAUGCGGAGACAUUACAGGCGCAGUAUGCGCUGGUGCUGCAGCAACGCGACGAGUUAGUCAAGAAGUUGAGCUUGGCCGAGGACCGGGAGUCGAAGAAUCAGGCGGCGUUGUGUAAUCUACAAUGUGCGCUGGAGCAGUUCCAAAAUGACAAGCAAAACGACAUCAAAGCCGCUACGCAUAGCAUACGCAAGGAGCUGCAACAGGAACAGGAGAAGCAAAAGCAGUUCCAAGUAGAGAUCGGCGCCUUGCAGCAGCAACUGGCCGAGGCCAAACAGGGUUUGUGCGCGGCGGCAAGACUCACCGAUCAGUUGGACGCGUGUCAGCGUACGAUUGGCGUGCUGCGCGAAGAGGUCGAAACGCUGAAGCAUGAAAAUGCACAGAUCUCUACAAAGCUAAGCGCCAGCGAGUCUAGUCAGUCGGACAAAAUCGAGAAGAGUCUAAUAAAAAGUUUACUAAUUGGCUACGUGGUGAGCAGUAAUCCGAAUGACAAGAAUCAAGUUCUGCGUAUGAUUUCCUCUGUAUUGGACUUUACGCAAGGCGAAUCGGAUAAAGUGGGUCUUAACAAGCAGCAAUCGAGUUGGUUCGGCGCCAUCUUGGGUGGUGGUGCAGGCGCACAAGGUGUACAUUCCAAGGAAAAUUUAGUGCAAGCAUUUGUACAAUUUCUCGAGCAGGAGUCACAGCCGAAGACAGAUGACAACAAUAUGCCAAAUUUGUUAAACAUCACACAACAGAGUAACACUAUGCCAACCGCUUCGGGUAGUCAGCCCGCGCGUCGUAUAUCCACAUCGAGCAAUAGCGGCGCUACAGCGCCAUCUGUAAACUCACCAGCGUCCGUACCCGUGCAGCCAAUUUUGCUGAAUGAAUUUGCGCCGUCGCGCAAUUCCAGCUCAAUAUUAAAAGAUAUUCUAAAUGACUCUUGAUUCUUGUAAAUACAUUUUGUUUUUGUAUUUUUCUUGCUGUAGUUACCUUUAUUUUAUGUUUAAACACACAUACGCAUAUUAUUUCCAGCAUUAAAUGAUAUUUUGUUUUAGAAUUAAUAAGUACACGUGCACAUAUAAUUAAUAUUUUGUUGCCUUAAAGUUUACUCUGUUUUCUGUGUCGUGAAUCGUUUUGUACACGUCCUGAAUAUUUUUAAAUUUAUUUCGUACCUACAUAUAUAUAAAUGUUUACCUAUGUAGUCGAAUUUUCUGCUAUAUGAUUUAUCAAUUGUCUGUAGAUAUAUAUCCGCACUAAAUAUUUCUUAUAUGAAAAACACUACUUGUACUCCACUAUUGUGAUUUGUAGGCGUGGCGAAAAUAAGGGAAUAGAUAAAAAAUAUAAGAAUUUCGGUAUGUAGUAAUAUGGCAACCUGCAAUCUGUAGUCACUAAGUAUUUCAAUAUACAUAUAUACAUAUAUGUACAAACCCAUGUACAUGUAAGCAAACCAUUUAAAGAAAAAUAAAUAAAAUAAAUAUUUU